AAGUCACUAUAAUAGCUGAUGCCUGAAAGAUGGAAAGUGACCACUGUUGAGCGGAUUUCUUGUUUCUCUAGUAGUGGGGUCAGAACCCCAAGGCUAUGCGGUAUGCCAGACAAGCCCAUCACCAAAUGAGCUGUGUCCUCCAAUCCUAAUGGUUCUUCAUAGUCACUUUCACUUUUCCGUUUAGUAGGAGCUGACCAGAGAGGCUGUGAAUGUUCCGCGUGUCAAGGAAAAUCCCAGAUCUGGGCUGGCAACCUUGUUUGCUCUGUACUGCGUCUCCAGGCACCACAGUCAGAAGUACGGAAGGCGGGCCGGCGCCGCGCGAGCGCGCUCAAGUUUGGCCGCCGCCGCUCGCCAUAGCCGGGCUCCAACAUGGCGGCUCCCCAGGAUGUCCACGUCCGGAUCUGUAACCAGGAGAUUGUCAAAUUCGACCUGGAGGUGAAGGCGCUUAUCCAGGAUAUUCGAGAUUGUCCUGGACCCUUAAGCAAGCUCACUGAACUGAAUACUAAGGUGAAGGAAAAGUUUCAACAGCUACGACACAGGAUACAGGAGCUUGAGCAAUCAGCAAGGGAGCAAGACAAGGAGUCGGAGAAGCAGCUUCUACUUCAGGAAGUGGAGAACCACAAAAAGCAGAUGCUCAGCAACCAGACCUCAUGGCGGAAAGCCAAUCUCACCUGCAAAAUUGCCAUCGACAACCUGGAAAAAGCAGAACUUCUUCAGGGAGGAGACUCUUUGAGGCAAAGGAAAACUACCAAAGAGAGUUUGGCGCAGACAUCCAGCACCAUCACAGAGAGCCUCAUGGGGAUCAGCAGGAUGAUGUCACAGCAGGUGCAGCAGAGUGAAGAGAACAUUCAGACUCUAGCCAGCUCUUCACGAACUCUCCUAGAUGCAAAUGAAGAGUUUAAAUCCAUGUCGGGGACCAUCCAACUGGGCCGGAAGCUCAUCACAAAAUACAACCGCCGCGAACUGACGGACAAACUUCUCAUCUUCCUUGCCCUGGCCCUGUUCCUUGCUACAGUGCUCUAUAUUUUGAAGAAGCGCCUCUUUCCAUUUUUGUAAGGGAGGGAUGCCAGCUAUGGCCCUUUAUACUCCUGAUUGCAGGUCAGGGCUCUCAAGGACUGGCUGUCAAACUGGGCUGCUCCUUCCCUGCGGUUUUCCCCUGUGCUAAGUACACCCAGCCAAGGAAGCACAGCAGUUUCCAGUUUCCUGCAAGAAGCUGCUUGGAAAGGGCGAAUGCACUACAGGAAAAGGAAGCCUUUGGGUGGAGGCACUCCACGUUACUCAGCUCCCAAGCAUGGUGCUGCCACAGGGAGCAUCUCAACUCUGGGUUUGAUGCACCUCCUCCCUCCGCGUCCUAAGGCAUAAAUGCUAGAUCAGUGGAGAGAAGAAAGAGGAGCCUGUGGGAGGGAAGGUGAUGAGAGCUCAUGGCUGUUUCCUGAAUAAACCUCAUUUA